AUGACGACCAAAAGGAAAAAGCUGAAAACAGACGUGGCGGUGGCAAUAUCGACGACAAGACCAUUCGCGCGAGAUCGUUCUCGCGGUCCCGCUCUGACGAGGAACCCUCCGAGGCGUGUUGCCGCCGCCGGCGCAAGCGCAAGAAAUGUGGUCGCCGCAAGCGCCGCCGCCGUAGUUGUCGUCGCAAGCGUCGCCGCCGUCGCAGUUGUCGGCGCAAGAAGCGCCGACGUCGCCGAAGCUGCAGCCGCCGUCGCCGUCGUCGCAGCUGCCGACGACGUCGCCGCAAGAGACGCCGCUGUCGCUAGCUCUCUGGGGCUCGUCCUUACCCCCAAAAUCUCUGAGAGCAAUACCACAAAAAAACACUGUCAAUAA